GUACCUUUCAUUGCUGUGCGGUGUACUUGUGCGUAGCAUAACGCUUCUGCCCGCAUACUUUCUGAAGAUGCAGCAAUUAUAUUAGGUGUUUGAUUGAAUUUGAGUUCUAUCUAUAUUAAUAAGUGGAAUAUUUUCAGUGCUUGAGUUUUUGAUUUAGUAUCUAAUGGCGGAGAAAAAUAUGGCCCUUCCACCUGAAAUGGAAUCUGAAAUCGAAGCUCUAAAAGGCUUAUUAUUGGAUAUACAAGAAUCUAAAACGGAUCCAGAGGAACUGGCUGCUAUCAGUAAGAAUGAGGCUGACCUGAAUGCAGCUGGAAAGAAGCCAAAGCAAUCUAUUGUAAAAAGUCAAUUGACAUUAUAUAAAAAAGAGUUACAAAAUACAACGCAAGAAAUUGAAAGAAUACACAAAGCAUUGGAACAUAUUGCAGAAAUGCGCAAAAACUACUUUUCCAGUCUUUCAACUGCAUUAAAAGGUUGUCCCAAGGAAAUAUCUGCAGAGUUGGCAGCAUUAAAAGAAACUGCUGAGACUUUACCAUUAUGGGUUGGUGAAAAUGAUGAAGAAAUACCUCCAUUGUGUGGAGCAGUUCAGACAGAUGCUGGAUAUGUUGCCAAACCCUCUGAUAUGGUUGCAGCUUUUGUGACAGUUAAACAUCGAUUGCAUGAAUGGAUUUUAGCUGAAGUAAUAAAUUAUGAUUUCACAACUGAAGAAUACAAAAUUCAGGAUAUUGAUGAGAAACAAAAAUCAACGUAUGUUUUAAAAAAAGAGAAAGUCAUUCCACUACCUAACAUGAGAGCAAAUCCAGUUGAGAAUCCAAAUGCUAUAUUUCCUAAAGGAACAACAGUUCUGGCCCUUUAUGAAAACACUACAUGUUUUUACAAAGGUGUGGUUCAUGAGCCUCCUGGUACUGCUUUUGAACCUUAUCAAAUUUCAUUCGAAGAUAAUGACUGUGAGGGUGGAUAUUCUCCUCCUAUUAAUGUUCCUCAGAGAUAUGUAUUAGCUUUUAGAAGUUUUGAAACUGAAUAAUAUGCAAUAUCUUUUUUUGUAUUAAUCACAGUUGAAUUUUAUUAAAUUUCAUGAACUGAUCAAAAAUUAGUUUUUCUGUCUUAUCUUUUGAAAUAAAUAAUAAAAAUAGAAUCAGUGAGUUUUUUGAUGCUGAUGUACACAUUCUGCAUUUAUGAUUAGUGUAAAAAAGCAUUUUUGAAUUUGAAUAUUAUUAGAUCAAUAAAAUAUAAUUUUAGGU